AUGUCCUUGCAAACGAAGCCGUCUCUCUUCCUCUCCUCCCAGGCUUGCAGGCUGCAGAAGCUGUUUGCUGUGGAAGAGGAGCUUGAAGACGAGGAUUUCCUGUCGGCCGUGGAGGACGCGGAGAACCAGCUCUCAGAUUUGGUCCCUGUGAAUUCAAGAUGCUUGAGGCCCUUUUCUUCUGGGCCCAGAGACCCAGGCACCCCCCUGGCACCAGCUCCGGAGUCCCCACUACCUGCUCUUCCCAGUACCAGCCUGCUGUCCCCAGCCUUUAGGCUGCAGAACCUGCCCAAACUGAGAGUUGUGGCUGAUUCCCCCUCCAGCAAAACACCUGGCCUGAGGCCUCUGACGGUGGUGAACGAUCGGACUGUGGAUCCUCCAGCUGUGGGCUUCAACACUCUAAAGAACCAGGUGGCCCCCACGUUGGCAGCACCGGCCCUGCGCACUUCAAACCGCACGAGGGACUGCACGCCAAGCUGCAGCUCGGCAGCAGGGUUUAAGUUUGUGAGCCGACAGCCUCCCCUUCGGGAAGCUCCCCGGGAUGAUGAAUUUGAAAAUGACCUGUUCCUGGCAGCCUGCCUGCAGCCAGGUCCUGGGCCUGCCGUGGCUGAGAAGGGGAUGCCCCCUCAGCUGUGCAGGAGAGACGAGAGUAGCCCUGGAGGGACAGCCUUCAAAAAGCUUCGGGUGGGAGAGCCAAUGGUAACUCCUAGCCGUGGUGGCUCCGUCUGCCUGCAGCACGAGGGGACUCGGGCCAUCUCGCUGGGGGCAGGCGGAAUGCAGAAUCGGUCCCCGUUCCAGCAGGCGGAGCCUGCUCUGAAACUGAAGCUGAGGCCGAGCACAGCAGGUUCUUGUUCCUCUCAGUCUAGCCUCGUAGCUCCGGCUAGCUCCCUGGGGAAUGCAGUCCCACAAGGGAGCACUGUUGCAGGCAUGGCUUGUGGCACCAUCUCCGCUCCCAGGUGCCACACUUCGCGGCCUUUUCAAGCAUCUCGGGGUCCGCCUGGAACCGAAGCAAGCAGCCCUUCAGUGGCUCCAGUAAAGGCUCCAAGCCUCCACUCCCCAGGGAGUGGCAAUCCAAGGCCACCAGCACCACGGAUGCCCAGUCAGGGCUGUUCCACACCCAGAGGGCCCAGCAGCAGUUGGCGGCCACCUCUUAGGCACCCCGCAGGACCACGGUCCUUGAUGACUUGUGUGGAGUCACCGACUUCCACCCCAAGAGCUCCCUACUCAGCUUCUGCUGCUGCUGGGAACCUGCAGUCUCCGGUGGUCACCAAUCACCUUAUGCAGCUGGUCACGGCAGCCAACAAGACUCCCAAGGCUUCUGGCUGGACCCCAUCGCGGGUGAAAUCUCGCCGCUUCCCAGGACCUGCAGGGAUUCUGCCUCAUCAGCAUGGUGGGAAAAAUCUGGAGGAAAUCCUGAUUUCCACUCCUCAGACUCCAGCCCAUGGAGCACUGGCAAAGCUACGGACGGAGGAAGUGCCGAGUUCCCAGCAACCAAUAGACGAGGACUUUGGAAAAGGCCCCUGGAUUGCCAUGAAAACCGAGCUGCGGUUGGAUGAAAGAGACGCCUCCUGUUUCCUCAGGACGUAUAGCGUGGCCAUGGUGCUGAGGAAGGCAGCGCUGAAGCAGCUCCCGAAGAACAAGGUCCCCAGCAUGGCGGUGAUGAUCAAGUCACUGACGCGCACCAACGUUGACGCUGGUGUCGUGUUCAAGGAUCCUACCGGAGAGAUGCAGGGGACAGUGCACCGCCUGCUGCUGGAGGAGAGACAGAGCGACCUGAAGGCCGGUUCCGUGCUUCUCUUAAAGCAGGUGGGGGUGUUCUCCCCGUCCCACCGCAAUCACUACCUCAACGUGACCCCCAACAACCUGGUGAAGAUUUACCUGCCGGAGUCCAGGGCCGGGAGCCCCCUGCAGCCGUCGCAGGAGCCUGAGGAGAUGGGAGACGGGACGGUGCCAGUGUCUUUAAAGUUACAGUGCAAUGCCGAGCAGAGAGCUGUGCUGGGGGCGUCUCCUGUGCUCUGUGAGGUCCAAAGCCCGGCUGAAUUCCAGCAGGACUCCCCAGAAAAUCUCUCCGGAGGGGCUCCCAACCCCAGCAGCACGUGGAGCUCCAGGAGGGAUGGAAACAGCAGCUGGUGGACGGAACCACCCUGCCAUGGAGACAGAACGUCGGGGUCAAACAGACCUUCCCAAGAGGAGCCCCCGGGGGCUGAAGCCUGUGACAUGGACGAUCUGGAUGGGCUCCUAGGACAGCUCCCGGAGGACUUCUUUUCUGCUUCUGCCAUGGAGAGCAGCCGGUGACCCCCUCUGGAGCUACAACGAGGCGAAGAUCCCCCAGCCAGCACGCAGCUGGAUGGUCACUCAUCCAGGGGCAGCACCCGGGCUGAAUCCAGGCAGAGCAAGGACUCUGAACAGCGAGGUGACUUGUGUGCCUUAAGUAUCCUGUAUAUGUUUAUGAAUGGUAAGUUUGUUGUGUGUCUGGGAGCUGUGCUGACGGAUAGUCUGGGACUCCUGUACAGAACAGGGGCGACGCUGGCAGCCCUGAUGUGAAAUGAUUCCUGCCUUGCUACCGCUGGGCCCUUCCAGCAGCACCCUGGCAGUCUUUGCUUGGUGCCCUUGACUGAUCACGACCCGCGAGUGAUACAGCUUUCCCUGCUUGUAUCUGAUUCCUGCAUUAAAUGGGUGUUCGG